AUGGCUAACUCGAAGUCAAAACUCCUUGCAACUCAAAACCUCUUCUCUGCUUUCCUAAUGAUCUUCAUAUUUUUCCUCUUGCUAGUUACCAAUGUCAAAUCAGACUCAUUUUCUUUCGACUUCCCCAGUUUUGAGCCCGGUGUUAGAAGUAUUAUCGUCGACGGUGAUGCCAAUACAACCGGUGGAAUACUUCAACUGACUAAAAAGGACCCGAUACCACAGCAAAGCGUUGGAGUAGCUGGAUACUUUGGAGCAGUUCAUCUCUCUGACAAAAGCAGAGGGAGAGUCGCAGAAUUUUCCACCGAGUUCUCGUUUGUUGUGAACCCUGCUUUGGGUUCACGAUCUCAUGGCGAUGGGUUCACCUUCUUUCUAGCAUCACUAGAUUUUGAAUUUCCCGACAAUUCAAGUGGUGGAUUCCUCGGACUUUUCAAUGAAGAAACAGCAUUCAACACCUCAAUAAACCAAAUUGUUGCUGUUGAGUUUGAUAGCGUUAGAAAUGAAUGGGACCCCACAUACCCAAAUCUUCCUCAUAUAGGAAUCAACAUUAAUUCCAUUAGGUCCGUGGCAACUGUGCCAUGGCAAUUCGAUGUUACACAAGGAGAAAUAGGACAUGCACGCAUAAUCUAUAGUUUUGCCUCCAAACAACUGGAGGUCUUUAUAACUUAUCCACAGAGUCCUUCCCAAUUGGAAACUACUAUUACGUAUCCCGUUGAUUUUGGGGCUCUUCUGUCGGAAUGGGUCCUAAUCGGUUUCUCUGGUUCCACUGGCGACUUUGUUGAAACACAUGACAUUCUUUCCUGGUCCUUUGUUUCGUCUUUGUAG